CGCGCGGACAUGGCUGCGGCGGCUUCCGCGGCGGCCGCGGGCUGCGCCCGGGCCUGAGUGCCCAGCGCCCUCCCGCGGGGCCGCCCGCCAGUUUGCGCGGUCCGCGGGUGCACAGACCCCGCGCCUCUCUGCUCCCCGACACCCGGGGCCUCCACCUCUCCAGCCUCCCUGGGCCGAAUUGCUGGAGAGCCCGGCGACAGGGGGCGCCAAGGAGCCCGGGGGAAAACCGUGAGGCGCUGGCAGGAGCCUGCAGGCGGUGCUACCCCCACCUCCCACCUCCCCGCGCCCCGCCCCGAGGUUGGGGCUUUGGAGGAUGCAACCGGGAAAAACAUUAAUUUUGGGGCUACGUCCAGAAUAGCAUCAUCUACAUGGGCAUUCCCUCUUCCUACAGUCUCAGAGAAUCUUUGAUAACUACUUGAGAAAAUGCAGAAGAUCUUGCAAACAGAUGACAUUCCCAAUACCCAAGCUCUUAGAAAAGGAAAGAGGAAAAGGACAGAGACAAUGGACUCAGAGAAGGCAAAUAGUGACGUGGAUAAAGGACAGGUCUCACUGAUGUCCUCCACUCUUUUCUCAAGUCCAAGAGACCCAUAUUCAGGAAAUGCCUUUCUGCCUGGUGAGAGCUCCAGUGAGGAUGAAGAGCCUUUAGCAGAAUUGUCAAAGGAGGAAUUGUGCAUGAAAAUAAAAAGCCUGAAACAAAAACUAACAAACACCCGGAAAGAAAACAGCCGACUUCGACAGUCUUUGGUCAUGCUUCAAGUGUUACCACAAGCAGUCACCCAGUUUGAAGAAUUGGUUGGUAUGGCAGAGGCUCUGCUUAAGGGUGGAGGAACCAUGUCCACACCUGCAUCCACCCUAUGGAGAGCAACAAACAACUCCUCACCAGAUUCUUUUGCCUCUACGUGCAGUAAUUCUAACUCUAAUUCCAGUUCACCGAUUUCCUUGAAAGCUGAAGAAGAGCAUCAUACUGAUGAGAAACAGUUCAAGAUUGAAAAAUGGCAGAUUGCCCGUUGUAACAAGAGCAAGCCUCAGAAGUUCAUUAAUGAUUUAAUGCAAGUACUCUACACAAAUGAGUAUAUGGCCACGCACAGCCUGACCGGGGCAAAGUCCUCUACUUCGAGGGACAAAGCCGUAAAACCAGCUAUGAAUCAGAAUGAAGUUCAAGAAAUCAUAGGAGUCACAAAACAGUUAUUUCCCAACACAGAUGAUGUUUCAAUUAGGAGAAUGAUAGGGCAAAAGCUAAACAACUGUACCAAGAAGCCAAAUUUAAGCAAAAAUCUGAACUCUCAGGACAUUAAGUAGAUCCUUUUGGUAUUGUAGGUAACUGAAAUAAAACACCUUCAGUUCUGAAUCUAACACUGGAUUUUGUAGGAGAAUCUGCAACCUCCCUGGCGGUGAGCACAGAGACACAUAGUGACAGGCUGUUUGAGACAUCUGUAAUAUCGCUGGCUCUUGAUGGAGCAACGAGCUUGCUGAAGAAGCUGCAUGUAGAUUCCAUCAUUAAUAUCAGUGAUGCAUCAAACCAGAGAAUUUCUAGCAGUCAAUUAAGCAUGCAAUAUGGUUUCUUGGAAAUAAUGCAUUUUCCCGUCUCCAAAUGUUUCUCUGCACAGCUAACUUAACACAAUAGAACUCAUCAUAGCAACAAAAACUUCAGCCCCUAAGAUUUGUCAUUGUCCUUUCAAUCACUGUACAUUUAUUAUUACCAAUGACUCCCCAUUUUAGUUUUUAGAUCUUUAGCAUAAGCACAUGUUUGGAAAAGUAAACAGUGAAAUAAUCAAUGUUCAUGAAUGUGAGGGAAGCAAAGUUGGCCUAAAAUCUGAUAAUCAUAUCUAACCAAGUAAUGGUGUUUUUGCAAUGAAAUUACAGGAUUAUUCUGUUACCUAAAAAUGUAUAAAAUAAGAAUCCAAAAAAAAAAGGCAGCAAGACCUUUUUAUUUUAAUAUAAAACUAUUCCACUGCACUCCUGAAAAAGAAAUAAACCCAGGUUUUUGUGAGUGUUAAAACAAUGCAUCGAUUUGAAUUUUUUUGUUUGUUUACAUGCUUCUAACUUUUUAUUGCCAAGUACAUUAAAUACAGAUGUGUACUAUAAAACAUAAAUAUCAUCUAAAAUAUCCUAUAUAAGAUAACAUCCUAUGUAUUUGGUUGGUUUUAUUGCUAUACUGCUUGAUUUUAACUGGUUUGAUUUCAUAGUAUCAGAAGAAAAAAGAAUUGAAAACAAAAUCUCAUGGGUUGGAUAAUCACAUAAAAAGAAAAAUACCACUUUGUAAAUGAAUGAAAGAUAAAACAUUCUUCAUCAAGAAGCUUCUCCUGUGAUGUCAGGUUGUCACACAUGACAACUUUGCAAUAACAAGCCAUGCUUCUUCAGUGUACAAGGUCAUGUUUAAACUUGGAAAAGAGGAUGCAUAUAAUAGCUGGAAAGUUCAGAACUGUGGACCCAGGGAACAUUCCAUAAUGCUGCUUGAUAACAAUGUGGUCGUACAAAAUAAAUAUAAUCUGAUUAAGGAAAUAACUUAUAUUAACAUUUGCUACUUUUACUUAAAUAUAAAUAAAUCUCAUUGAAAACAUAAAAAAGUAUUUGCUCGUUUCUUAUUAAGGUAUAAAAUCCAGGGAAAAGAUUGAAACUGAAGAGAGUGCCCAAAAAGCAAUUGAUAUAUAUGUAUGUGUAUAUGUACGCAUGUAUUAUGUAUUCAUGUACAUACAAAUUUAGAAUAUGAUUAAAGUAGAACCUUCAAUAAGCAGGGAAAGGAAGGUUUAUUCAAUGAAUGAUACUGAGUUAACUGGUGAAUGAGAAAUAAUUAUGUUCCUACUUCAAACUAUAUUUCAUAAAAAAUUCCAGAUUAAUAAAAUG